AGAAAGAAGCGAGAUCAUGUGCGCACGGCUGCCUGGCCAGAAAACAAUAAAGUCCCCCGCCCCCCAGCUCUUCUCUUCCCUCUCUUCUCUCUCUUUCUCCAGUUUCCAUCAUCAUCAUCAUCACCACCAUCAUCAUCAACAAAGCACCAACGCACACACCAACGAACGACCUCACACCCCUGACAGACAAGAUGCAGUUCUCAACCAUCUUUACCCUCGUUCCCUAUCCCAAGCGCGCCACACUUGGUGAUAUCUCCCUCUUCCUGCCCUUAUGGGCCUUCCUCUUUCUUGUGUGGGUGCUUUCGAAAGUGGCCAUUGCCCUAUGGCCCACGGUCUUCGCCUACCUGUCCUUUGUCGUAGCAUUUUCCCCGGGCGAGAACUUUGUCGUCGCCGGCGUCUCUUGGCUUUCGCUGCUCCGGUACUGGAAGCCUUGGGCGUCGGCGACCGCUGACCUACGUCGUGAAGUCGAUCUCGCGAUUGACUGCACAUUUCUCGCGUGGUUUCUGACGGCCUUGCCCUUCAUUGUCUUGACAAUCUGGGCCGGCCUGAGGGAGGUUCUUUGUCUUGUCGCCAACGCCAUGAUCCGCCGAAUCCAUCACGCCAUGGAGUUCGAAUUCGACCUUACGGAUCAUGUCGUCAAAUGCUACUCGCCCAUGGAGCCCGCGUCUUGGGGCGAUCGACUUUUCCGCCGCCAGUUUCCCGACUUUAACUACCAUCGCGAUGAGUAUUUGAGGUACUCACCGCCUAGUAGUUCUCGUUGGCCUCUAGCAAGCCCGGCCGUUUCCUGGGCACGCGGCAACGCCGAGGAGAAUCUCGCGGAGAAUCGUCGAAUCAGGGCCUGGGCCAGGCAGAAGCUGGCCGAGGUCCGGGCAGCAAAGGCCCAAGCGAAGAUCGCUGCUGAGCAGCUGAACGAUCCGAAGCCGACACCAUUCGACAGCGAACCAGUGCCUCAGUCAAGGGAGGCUGCCGCCCCGGCGGUCCAGUCCUCUGCUUGGCCCACUGUUCCCGAGUCGGAUCACGUCGCCGACGACGCCACGAUUGCCAGCAAACCAAUGGAGACCGAGGAACCCGCGGGCCAGAAGGAGUCCAAGGGUGAAGGUCUGGUCGGAGCCGGACCCAAGGCACCAGAGCCCGAGGUCUCACUUGAGGCGGAAGGCAAUGGCUUGCUGGAAGGUGCCGAAGACAGCAAAGCCCAGGAACCCGAGACCUCGCAAGGGGAGGACGGUGAAAGCUUGGCCGAGGAACCCAAGUCUUCUGCGGAAGAGGCGGGUGAAGGCCCGCUGUGCCGCGCUGAGGAACCCAAGACCUCAUCAGAGGAGGAGGGUGAAAGCUCGCUGUCCGUGCGUGAUCCAGCCAACGACCCCGAGGCCUCAUCUGAGGUGGAAGGCGAGGCCACGUCAACCGCCGCGGUACCCCAAGCAGCCCAGGAACUGGAAGUCUCUUUCGAGGUGGAAGGAGACGGCAUGCUCAUGGUCGUCGACACAGACCGCACCGAGGAACCCGAGGCCUCAUUUGAGGUGGAAGGUGAAGGUGACGGCGUGCUGAUGACCAUCGACUCAGCCCAAACCGAGGAACCCGAGGUCUCAUCUGAGGCGGAAGGUGAAGGUUCCACGAAGAACGAGGCCUCAUAUGAGGUGGAAUUCGACGUUGAGAUGGCUGACGUCGAACUCAUGGUACUGCGGCUGGUAUCCCCAUCUACCCCAUCUGGCAACCCCAGUUCACCGGUACCCAUCCUGCCAUUGGAAGUUGUGGCGCCAUGGUCCCCUGCUGGUCAGGUACCUGGCGUCCACGAUGGAACCCGCGGAUGUAUUGACUUGUCGCCUGUUGUCGAGGGCGCCCAGCUCCUUGUCGAGGCCCAGUAGGACGGGAUCGACUUUGAGACGGGCCUCUCAUCAGACGCUGACAUGCUGCCGUACCUGGAGAACGAGUAUGCCAGCAUGGACCCCGACCUUCUCGAUCGCGAGAUCGACAACCUUCUCGCCGGCACCGACGGAAUGGAGCCUGACUUUGCGAAUGACGACGAUUUCGAGGCGUACGAGUCAUUCCUCAGCUCCGUUCCCGACGACGCCGUUGUUUCGUUCCCUGGCGCCGACGCCUACGACGAUGACGAAGUGAUGGAGGACGUGGCUUUUGCCCGACCUACUCCUUUCGACUCGU